CCGGGGAACACGAAAAGUCCGUUAUGCUCCACAAUCCACUUCCCCGCACCCAAGAAGCUCAAUUGUUCUCCAAAACAAUUUCCUCUGACACAACCCCUCCAUGGAAAUGUCGAUAGAUUCAGGUAUCAAGCGGAUACGACAAGCUUGUGCCAAUUGCAGGUAAGAUAUCUUCCUCGGAUUUUAGCAAGUGCUGAUCAUGAAUUCCCCAGGCGAAAGAAGACUAAAUGCACGGGAGACCGUCCUGUUUGCUGUCACUGCCGUCGCAAUCGCCUAGAAUGCAUAUACGAGCCCUAUUCGGCCACUUUAGCCGAGAACACUACCACCAACAACCCGGCCAUAUCGCUGACGUCCAAUCCGAAUAACCUGAAUAACGUCGAACUUUUACAGAGAAUUAGCACGAUCGAGUCGCGGCUUGCAGAGCUCAGCGGACGAACAACUCAACAGUACGACCUUUCAUACCCGAGAAUCAUAACGCCGCAUUUUCUUCCAGCGGUACAGGACCAUGUCAACAUAUCGCCGGGCGUGGCCGGUUUCUCCCAACGAUUGUCAUCGCCACAACCUACCUUCCAAGACGAUACAUCUCUUCCACCACUUCCAGUUCUGCGCUCAGUAAUUGACACGUAUUUUUUGCGAGUCCACAAUCAGCCUUACUCUUAUUUCCAGGAAAUAUCUUUCCGUCAGAAGUUAGAAAGCAACGCUUUACCCCGAUGUUUGAUACUAGCAAUCCUUUCAUCUGCCGUUCGAUUUUCAAACCAUGAAUUUUAUGCGGGUCGGACGCGUGAAGCGUCGCAAAAGUACGCCCGAGAAUCUUGGCUCUCAGUUCUGGCGGACCACUUAACCAUGGAAGACAACUUGAAUGUCCAUGUGGUUCAGACAGUGAACUUGCUUGCAGUGGUCGAUUAUACAGCUGGUCGUGCCCGGUCGGGUUGGCUCAAAAUCGGCCUGGCAGCCCGGAUAUCCCAAGACUUACAUCUGAUGUCCGAGCCUGGUCAGUGGCUUUCCUAUUCAGAGCAAGAGGAGCACCGUCGGGCAUUCUGGUCAAUAUAUCUCCUUGAUAAAUUGAUUUCUUGCGGUCGAUCUCGACCCCUUGUCAUUCUAGACGAAGAUUGCGAGCUUCAACUUCCAUGCGACGAGGGUACUUUUAGACACGGAGAGUGGAGAAAGACCAGUACUAUCGGCCAACUGUUGAGCUGGAACUCGAAGGUCACUGAAAGUCCCAGUUCGUUUGCGCUUGUGGUUUUGAUGGCAUCAAUAUUUGGUCGUUGCACACGGUACGUCCAUCAAAACAGGAGGAUGGAUGAGAUUCCACCAUGGGAUCCGAAGUCCGAAUUCUCUGCAAUCAAUUCCUCCUUGUUGCUCUUGGAAUCAUAUUCCAAAAGUUCAAAUUGGCAACUCUCGGAUGUCCUCCACGGGAGCGUUCAGGCAGAUGCGACAGUCGAUCGACAGGAGAUCGGCCAUCUUAUCUUUGCUCACACACUUUUCCACCUAUGCCACUGCCUUCUGAAUCAUCCAUUCCUUGUGCGGCGAUGGCUCAAGCCGUUUGGAGCCAAAGCUCCCGCUAGCUUUUUCUCCCGAGCCCUUCAAGAUGGGUGCGAUCAUGCCAAACAGCUCAUGGAUCUCUUACAGCAAGCCACUGACCAUGGAUGUCUCGUCGAAUCCUCCUUCUAUGCAUAUUGUAUUGCCGUCGCUGGGGGUAUUCACUCUCUGGCUACUCAUUUCAAUCAAGAUAGGGGUCGCCACUCAGACAAUCUGCAUUACCUGCAACAAAGUAUAGACUCUUUGGAGAGAUUAGCAAAGCUUUGGGUCCACGCAGGAAAUAUAGCAACCUCGCUGCGCGACUUCCAUUCGAUAUCCCAUGCCUUCGCUGUCCUCCUCGACCCAAGCCAUUUGAUGGAUGAGUUAGACUUUGGCUCGGAAGAGAUCAUGUGGUCAAUGAUAGAUUAUGCCAUAAUGGGCGCCGAUCCCAGCAAGAAACAAGUUUCGCCAAAACCCACAGCCAACAUGCCAUCUCCUACAUCGUGGGUUCUUGGCGCUGGAAUGCUUGCACAACCUGGAUAUGACAGCCCAAACGGCAAUAUUCUCGGGGAUCUCACGCCCUCAAUGCGACUUGAGGAAGUAGAAGAAUUCUUGAACUACACAGAUAACUACCUUGAUGGCUUCUCAACAUCAAGCGUCACCUUGGGGGGUGUCGUUUCGGGCACCACAUCGGCCAUCCUGGCCAAUAUGAUGGUAUACCCUCUUGACAUUGUUAAAACUCGAUUGCAGGUGCAAGUUCAACAACAGAACCAACAAGAUGAAACCGAUCGAGAAAAGCAAACCGACAUGUCUAAAAGUCCAUCGCAGGAUCGCCCUCAUGUUGAUAAUGUCAUCAGUAUGAUUCGUCGUAUCCUUCGCGAAGAAGGCAUUCUCGGUCUAUACAGUGGGUUAGGAAGCUCGGUUCUCAGUACAGCCUCGAUGAAUUUUGCCUAUUUCUACUGGUCGACCACAGCUCGAAGCUUACAGCAAUCAGCCUUGAAAAGAUAUGGGAUCACAGACACAAACAGCAUCGCAAAAGAGCUUGGUUUAGGGGCGGUCGGGGGCGCAUUAGCCCAGCUGUGCACCAACCCAAUCGCAGUGAUAUCGACAAGGGAACAAACCCGGAAAGGAAAUGAUCAAAAACGAUCAAUGUGGGAGACGCUGAUUGAGAUCAUUUAUAGUGAGGAUGGCUGGACGGGACUAUGGACAGGCUUCAAAGUCAAUUUGAUUCUAGUUACUAACCCUAUGAUUACAUAUGGUGUUUACCAAUGGUUGAAAGGGAGCCUGCUUGCGCUGAAGCAAAAGAAGGGACUUGGAUCUGCUGAUGCUUUCUUUUUGGGCGCUUUGUCAAAAGCCCUAGCGACCAUCACAACACAUCCACUGAUCGUUGCUAAAACAAUGUUACAAUCCAAACCGCCAGAUUGUCGGAAGGGCAACCCUUUUUCGGGUUUUACUGAGGUGCUUAUCUAUAUUGUCAAAAAUGAAGGUCUCUUAAGAUUAUACAAGGGAUUGGCCCCGCAGAUUAUCAAGGGGUUUUUGGUUCAAGGGUUGAUGAUGAUGCUGAAAGAACGGUAUGUCCCAGCCACUUGA